CUUGCUCGGAAGGUGUACAGCGCGUUCACGUUCCGAUCCAGGAAAAACCGCACUGGAACAAACGCAGAUAAACAAGUCCAGCAAGACAGCUGACAGCUUUACAACAACGUCGGCGUUUCUUUUUGCGUAUGUUUUCGUCUGUUCUGCGUCUCGUUUUUCGGCAUGAACUGAGCUGAGAGGUCUGGACCGCUGAGACCACCAGUCCUUUCCGCAGCAGAAUGGAAGCAGCUCCGGGAUGAAAGCAGUCAUGUCUUUUUGUGUUUUCAUCUCAGUUUUUCUAAUUUUAUCGUCCUGUCAGGGGGCCACAUCGGGCUCCCGUGUCCCCAGGACCGAGUCUGGUGUCGGGUUAGACAAGACCAACACCACACUGUCCACAAUGUCUCAAAACAUCAACGAUGAGUGUGACACUGUGAUGGAACUCAGCCCUGCGGACCGCUGUGCAUUUGUGAAGAACACAUCAGACUGUGAUAUGGAAGAUGGAUUCCUUAACUACCUGGAUUUGGCUUUCUGUCUGCUUCCUCCCAACCUCACUCCUCUUACCAUCACCCUCUGUAUUAUAUGGCUGUUCUUUUUAUUCAUCAUUCUAGGACUCACUGCCUCUAAAUUUUUCUGUCCCAAUCUGUCAGCCAUCUCUACCAGUCUGCACCUCACUCACAACGUGGCUGGUGUGACAUUUUUAGCGCUCGGUAAUGGAGCUCCUGAUAUCUUCAGUGCCAUGGCAGCUUUCUCCUAUCCGCACACAGCUGGUCUGGCCAUUGGUGCUUUAUUUGGAGCUGGUAUUUUUGUCACCACUGUUGUGGCGGGCAGUGUGGCGCUGGUGAAGCCUUUUGCUGUGGCAUCUCGGCCCUUUCUGCGUGAUGUCAUCUUUUACAUGGCAGCAGUGUUUUGGACGUUCGUCAUUCUGUUCCGAGGAACCAUUUCACUGGGAGAAACACUUGGGUACCUGGGCCUCUAUGUGGUCUAUGUACUGACUGUAAUCAUCAGUGCCUACAUCUACAACCGCCAGAAGUACUCAAGGAACUCCAGUAUCCAGAGUGACACACAUUACCAAGCAGAGUUUAACUCAUCUGACUCUUCUGAUGAUGACAUUCCCUGUUUGAGUGGCAGGACCAACCAACAGGAGUAUGAGUCAGAGUACAGACCUCUUCUGCCUUACUCCGAGUCCACGAGUCACAUCUUUCUUAGCUCUCUAAACCCAGUGGACAGCAGGAAGUGGAGGAGAAAACCACUGAGCUGGAGAGUACUUAAAGUGGUGAAGACUCCUCUGGAGGUCCUGCUGCUGCUCUGUAUUCCUGUGGUCGACCCUGACAAAGAAGACAAGAACUGGCGACGCCCACUGAACUGCCUCCAUCUCAUCACUGCUCCAGUGGUGUGUGUGCUCACCUUCCAGUCUGGAAUAUAUGCAGACUAUCUGAUCCAGGGGGAGUUUCCUCUGUGGCUCCUGUUUCUUCUUCUGGGUCUUUUCCUGUCUGCCAUUGUCUUCUGCACCACCACCAAUGACGAGCCUCCCUCCUAUCAUCCACUGUUUGCCCUUCUAGGCUUUGUGGUCAGUGCAGUGUUGAUCAGUGCAGCGGCCUCUGAAGUCGUCAGUGUUCUGCACAUGCUCGGUGUGGUUUUGAGUCUCAGUAACACUGUGCUGGGACUGACUCUGUUGGCCUGGGGCAACAGCAUAGGAGAUUGUUUCUCAGACAUUACCUUGGCCAGGCAGGGUUACCCACGCAUGGCCAUCUCUGCCUGCUUUGGAGGGAUCAUUUUCAACAUGCUCUUUGGAGUGGGUUUGGGAUGUUUGGUGCAGAUGGCAAAAACACAGUCUGAAGUGCAGCUUGAACCUGCAGGUCUGUUAACAUGGGUUCUUGCUGCAUCUCUGGGUUUGUCUUUGGUUCUGUCCUUUAUCAUCGUCCCACUGAGCCGCUUCCACCUGGGCCGAGCAUACGGGAGCUUCCUCCUCGCCUUCUACGGCCUCUUCCUUCUUAUUGCACUCCUCACCGAGUUUGGAAAGAUCCACCUGGGAUAAAGCUGAGACCAGCCUGAAAUAAGGGAUGCCCUCUUAUUUUACAAAUACACUGGUGCACUGUUUAUAUAAGAAUCAACUGGACACUUUUCCUGAGCACCAGGUAACAACAAGGCAUUAUCAUGAAAAACUAGAGUUUUCUGCUGAAUCUAAUCAGUGUGCCUUAACUCAACCUGCAAACAGGAAACGGGUUGUAAAAAUCAGUUGUCUUUAGCAUUUGUACAUUAAAACAUCAUGAACUGAAAGCAGGUUAAAAUUAUUACUUUAUAUAAUGCUGCUCUGGGAAAAAAUAAAUUAUUUUGGUUUGGGGUGUUUUUUUUAACACAUUAUAGUAAACCAGUCAAUAUUA